AUGAAAGAAGUUGAAAACUGUGACAGCAGAACCAAGGUUAGUCAGCCCUCCUGCCCCAAGGCAAAGGAACCAUCCGACCAGCACCCCUGCCCCAAGCUUGGGGGGAAAUCCCAGAAUUCUUCCUGCUCCAAGCCUGAGGGGUCAUCUCAAAAUCCCUCCUGCCCCAUGCCUGAGCGGCCAUCCCAGAACACCUCCUGCCCCAAGCCUGAGGGGCCAUCCCAGCGGCCUUUCUACCCUACGCCAGAGAGGCCAUCCCAGCGGCCACCCUACCCUAGGCCAGAGGGGCCAUCCCAGCGGCCACCCUACCCUAUGCCAGAGGGGCCAUCCCAGCGGCCAUUCUACCCGAGGCCAGAGGAGCCAUCCCAGCGGCCUUUCUACCCUAGGCCAGAGGGGCCAUCCCAGCGGCCACCCUACCCUAGGCCAGAGGGGCCAUCCCAGCGGCCACCCUACCCUAGGCCAGAGGGGCCAUCCCAGCGGCCACCCCACCUAUGCCAGAGGGGCCAUCCCAGCCCAUUCUAG